GGUCGGCGGCUCCGGUGGCUGCGCAGCGUCGGCGGGGAGCGCGGGCUGCGGAGAGGCGGGCCGGGCCAAGCGGAGCCGAGUGAGCGGGAGCGCGGCGUCCGGGAGGCGGCGGAGACGCGGGGCUCGGAGGGUCAGCCUCUUAUCGUAGCAGGUCUCCUCGGCGCGCCCCCCUUGUUUCGCCCCACGGCCAAGCCCGCCGCGGGCCGGCGUGCGCUGGUCACUGAGGCCCAGGUCGCCGCCGCGGCGCGUUUUUGAAAUCAUGAAUCCUGUUUAUAGUCCUGGAUCUUCUGGGGUUCCCUAUGCAAAUGCCAAAGGAAUUGGUUAUCCAGAAAAAUUAGCCAGGUGUGGUGACACACACCUGUAAUCCCAGCUCUUCGGAAGGCUGAGGCAGGAGAAUCGCUUGAACCUGGGAGGCAGAGGUUGCAGUGAGCCAAGAUCAUGCCAUUGCACUCCAGCCUGGGCGAUGAAAGUGAAACUCUGUCUCAAAAGACGACAACGAUAAAAAAAACAAAGUUCUGCGGGAAGAAGACAACUAGAGACAUGCUGUUGGCCACACAUAGUGCUCUUGGGGCUGCUUAAGUCUGUGGAGUUCUGGGGAAGAAGCUGGUUUUCCCAUGGGCUAUGCAGCAGCAGCUCCUGCCUAUUCUCCUAACAUGUAUCCUGGAGCGAAUCCUACCUUCCAAACAGGUUACACUCCUGGCACACCUUACAAAGUGUCCUGUUCCCCCACCAGCGGGGCUGUGCCGCCGUACUCCUCCUCCCCGAACCCCUACCAGACUGCCGUGUACCCUGUGCGAAGUGCCUACCCCCAGCAGAGCCCGUAUGCACAGCAAGGCACGUACUACACACAGCCGCUGUAUGCAGCACCUCCUCACGUCAUCCACCACACCACGGUGGUGCAGCCCAACGGCAUGCCUGCAACGGUGUACCCUGCUCCCAUCCCCCCUCCUAGAGGCAACGGGGUCACCAUGGGCAUGGUGGCUGGGACCACCAUGGCCAUGUCAGCAGGUACCCUGCUGACUGCUCACUCCCCAACUCCUGUCGCCCCCCACCCGGUCACUGUGCCCACGUACCGGGCCCCAGGAACGCCCACUUACAGCUAUGUGCCCCCUCAGUGGUGAUCACCUGCAAAUGUUUGAGGACGGAGCUGUGCAGUCACAUUAUUGGGGAUUCCACAGCUGGUGCUGCAGGCCUUGCGCCUCCAACCAGGACUUUCUUCUUAAUGCUCUCGACACUUAGCUAAACACGACUAUAUCCCGGCCCAGCAGGCCCCAGCGCCGUUAGUCUCCAGCUGACUCUGUGGGUUGGUCUUAAAGCAAAUUCUGUUUUGUGGACUGCCUGGCAAUUUUUUAGCUAACUGUAAUGAUAAAAAGGGAGUAUUAAUCUAUUCUGAAUCAUAUCUAGUUGAAUGCAUGUUUAAAAAAACAAACACAAAAAGCUUGCUCAAUCUACCUGCAGUGACUGAUGCAAAACCAUCAUAUGCAAAAUCCAAAGGAAUGGAAACGUAUUUUACAACUUGUAUCACUAAUGCACUGUUGUAAUGUAUGCAAAGUCUUACAGUUAUAAGUGUUAAAGUGAAUUUCUUCAUAGAGCAUCUGAAAUAUCUUAGAUGAUUCUUCAACCUUUUGGGGUUGAUGUGGGUUGCCAGUUAGGGAUAUGGACAUUUUAGUUUUCAGCGACCUGUUUCUUUGGCACUGACUGUCCUGGGAGGGAGUUGCGAGGUUUGGGAGAGAGUAGGGAAGCCACAGCUGCUUGGGUGCAGCUGGUUCAUGGACAUCCCUUUGAGUUUAGGCUUGGUGGAGUCAGUGGAACAGGGACAUGCUUAAAGCUCAUCAUGAAAGAUUAUGGUAGUGUGGCCAGUAAAAUUUGGGGCGAGGGGGGUGGUUUAUGUGUCAGCAAAGCAGUUUCUCUGCUAUCUAAAUUUUCAUUACAGUUCUCUUAGAGAGAUGAUGUUUUUAUAUAUCUUUAUUGGAAAAGUCCUAUGUAAAACUAAAUUAUUUUCCUGGGAUGGAAGAAAUGUGAAAGAGAAACAGCCAUGCUUGCAGGAGGUAUUGUCCUCUGCUUUAUUUAGCUUAGAAAAUCAUUCCUUUUUUUUUUUUUUUUUCCUGGAGAAAUGUUUGAAUCAGCUGAAAACAGGUAGGCAUUGCUGUUUUUCCCCUACAAAGAAGGGCAAAGGUUUCAGUUGUAUGUUAUGAAGAAAGUGGUAUAUUUAAGAAUGAGUUAAAAGGGAACAAAACUUUAUUUAAAAUUCCUCCAAUUUCUUGUAAAAGGCAGGGCCGUGGAUAUGUCUGGAAAUGUAGAAACCUGUAGCUGCUUCUGGGAUCACCCACCUGAUGGUGGUGACUUGUCUGCUGAGGCCGGCUGGAGGGGACGCUUAGAGAUGGGGCGAGGGGGAGGCCAGUGUCUGUUGUCUGCGAGCCUCUCCUGCCAUCUCUUUUGCGGCUGAGGGCACUUGGCACAAAGCAAGCACAGACAGCAGAGAGGGCCAGGCAGUGCUGGAGUGCAUUUGCUGGCAGGGUUUAUUGUGGGAGAGGAAUUUGAGUUUAGGAUCUGAAUCUUGUACAUAAGAAAUGAAGAGGCUUCCCUCCACCCCGCCCCCAAAAUAUGCCCGCCCUGUAUCCAUGAGAGUGCAUGUCGGUUCUCAGUGAGGGUCAGAGUGGGGGUGGGGGAUGUAAGGCCUGGGUCCCUUUCAGCGGCCUCUAGGGCAGGAGCGUGCGUCUUCUUCCCAGUGCAGUGGUGGUUUGAGUGCUGUGGGCUCUGGUGGGGAGGGGGCUCUGCUCCUCUUCAUUCGCUGGUAGCUGGGUCAGGGCACUGGCGCCCAGUGAGGAUGCCCACUAGCAUUCUGCCCCAGUUGGUUGGUGGGGGGACACCUGACCACUGAGCCUUUGGUAACCUUAUUUUUUAUAGUAAGUACUUCUCAUAAUUUUCUUUUUCACAUCUUAUUUUAUAAGAAGUUUAGGAAUAUUUUUGCAUGGAUCAUUGUAAACAGCAGAUUCUUUAUUCCUGAUGUCUAUUAACAUAGAAUGUUUACUGAUAAGUACUUUAAAUUGCUUCAUGAGCACUUAAUCCAUCUUAGUGUCUAUGUGUGGGGGCAGACAUUUACCGCCGGCACACAGUUUGUGCCCCUUUCUUCAAGUCUCUGUUGGUAAUUCCAUCUGUUUAGUGGAUGGUUGGCAGGAUUAGUAGGUUCUAACGGUUCCAGGGGUUCAGCUGACCAAGUAGCAGAGAAGUCUUUUUUCCCAAUUGAGUGCUAAUAGAUUAGGAUAAAAUACUCACAAUGUUAGUGUAUGCUUUUAAAAAGCCCCACACAACAAAAUGGAAACAUACAUGCACAACUCCUGUGAGGGCUGGGGUCUUGGGGUUCAGGAGGAGGUUAGAAGUUACAGGCAUCUCUUCAGGCUUGCUUGGUACUUGGCACACACAGGAUGGUGUUUUAAAGAGUGGGCUGCACCCCCCACACGCCAUUUACAUCAGCUUCAUAAACACUUUUCUUCCUCUCUGUAACUUAACCUUUUUUCCCUUUUAUGAAGUUGAGAGGCUUUAUGAAAUAAGUUUGCAUUGCACAUCCGUGCAGAAAUCUUUCUGACUUUGAAAUUUUUAGGACGUCAGCUGUCAGAUACGAAAGGUAGAUAUCAGGUAAGAAUCUGGACUUAGGGAAUAGUCACAAAACUGUCAUAGGUUGUAAUUUUAUCAACAUUCGCUUCUAGUAAAAUGAAAGUCAAUUAAGAAAUAGAACUUGGGUCAAAAUUCUGUUACAAAGCUUCAUAAUUUGUCCCGAAGCAUAUGGUGGAGCAUUCUGAGAAAUUUGCUUUUUGUGUGUUUGACAUUCCUAAUUUGGGAGUCCUUCAGCUGAGUUACUAUUCUUUUAGAAGUUGAGACAGGUAAGCAAAGGACCUAGUUCAUGUAAACAUGGACAUCAUGAUGGCUAUUUAAAAAAUAUUUGUUCUACCCCUUCUCCCCUGAGGCUUGGGAGUGUGUUCAGCCGCUGCAGUUUCUCUGCUCAUGGAGGUCUUGUUUGGAUCUGCGCUGGCGGCUGAGCAUUUAGUGUGAGCCAGUGACCCAUGAACUUGCCGCUCUGUGAGGGCCAGAGUCAGGGCCAGUCAUGGUCAUGGGCCUGAAGGCACUUCCAGAACCUUUUAUGUCUCUCGUGAGCCAUCUGUUAAGAACGUUCUUGGUGUGGUUUGUAAGCCUACCUGUCGCUAUUCUGGGAAACCUUCUUGAGUGCUAUGCAAAUGUGUUCACAGGCAAUGGGGGUGGUCCUGAGCCUUGGGGUGGGCGCCUGGUCAGUGAGUGUCUUGCCCUUCCCCAGCUGGGCAUACAGUACCUUGCUCUUUCUGGUGGCAUCAUCUGGCUGUGAUGAAUGAGGUCUAGGAAAUAAUUUGCAUGUGUCUUGGGGGACACAACAGUAACGAGAGGAAAUACAUUAUUACAGCAACUUGCGAUGUACUAAUACCUGUCAGUGUUGGCCCCCGUAAGGUAUGUAAGGCACCUGUGAGUGCUGGUGAAAGGCCAGCAUGUACCAGUUAUGUAAGUAUUGGUGUCUGCUUUAAAAAAGGAGACCCAGACUUCACCUGUCCUUUUUAAACAUUUGAGAACAGUAUUACUCUGAGCAGUUGGGCCACCUUCACCUCAUCCGACAGCUGACUGUUGGAUGUGUCCAUUGUCGCCAGUUUGGCUGUUGCCCAGACAGGACAGGACCUCCAUUGGGCGCAGCAGCAGGUGGCAGGGGUGUGGCUUGAGGUGGGUGGCAGCGUCUGGUCCUCCUCUCUGGUGCUUUCUGAGAGGGUCUCUAAAGCAGAGUGUGGUUGGCCUGGGGGAAGGCAGAGCACGUAUUUCUCCCCUCUAGUACCUCUGCAUUUGUGAGUGUUCCCUCUGGCUUUCUGAAGGGCAGCAGACUCUUGAGUAUACUGCAGAGGACAUGCUUUAUCAGUAGGUCCUGAGGGCUCCAGGGGCUCAGCUGACCAAGUAACACAGAAGUUGGGGUAUGUGGCCUAUUUGGGUCAGAAACUGCAUGUUUCAGAAAGUUUGUCUCUUUUUCCUACUCAUUAUUUGAAGAAGAGAGAGCCUGUGGGGAUAGCCUUAUCUUGGUCCACAGGACUAAAGUGAAGUCACUUGGGAAGGGGAGACAGAGGAUGAGCGGCGUCUGUGUAGGGACCCCGGGCCUGCAGAAGGGUGGUGUGCUCCCAGGACUGGCAUGACAGGUGUCUCCUCCUCACCACAGGCUGUGCCCAUGAGUCCCUGUGCAGACCAGUGGGCAAGGCAGCUGGGCCAGAUCUCAGGCCAGCCGUUUGUGCUCCUAGCAGGGUUGCUGUGCUGGCCACACGGAGAGGCCCUAGAGAGCCUCAUGGAUUGUAACUAAAGAAGAAACGGUUCUUUUUUGUUUUUUUAAAAAUGAUUUUUAAAUACCGUUUUUUACACCGUUCUCUCGGUACUUUUUUUAAGCUAAGUCAGCAUUGUCUUCCAGUGUUAAAGGCAUCCCUCACCUCUGCAUUGAACUUACGUAUCCAUGCCAAGGAAUGGAAUUUCCAUCCUGAGCCAGUUCAGUUAGGUGUCAACUGAUACUAUUUUAAUUUUUUAUGCAAUCUGAUGAGUAGAUGAGCUCAGAUUUAAAAAUCUCAAAAGCACGUUUAUUGUAACAAUUGUUAUGUAUUAAUACUGCAGUUUUCAAUAAAGAUUGACUUGUGUUGCA